AUGGAGAACGCUGUGCCGUUGUUCCUGGAAGAGAAAAGCACUGAUAGUCUGGGAGUGCAGGCGGCGGUAGGAGCCCUGGUGGAGCUCACCCGACCCCCCGGAGGCCUGGCUUUGGUGAACCUCUACCGCACCCACCGGGUUGAGGACCCCUUAGACCUCCUGGCGCUCGCAGAGCAGGUGCAGAAGGCUGAUGAAUUAAUUCGAGCAAAUGCCACCAACAAAUUGACAGUCAUAGCCAAGCAGAUCCAACAUUUGCAAGAACAAGCCAGGAAGGUACUGGAAGAUGCCCACAGAGAUGCUGACUUGCUCCGUGUAGCUUGUAAUAUGGUGAAAAAACCUGGCAACAUUUACUAUCUUUAUAAACGGGAGAAUGGUCAGCAAUACUUUUCCAUUAUUUCUCCAAAGGAAUGGGGGAUUGGUUGUCCACAUGACUUUCUUGGUGCCUACAAGCUACAGCAUGACUUGUCCUGGACUCCCUAUGAGGACAUUGAGAAGCAAGAUGCAAAAAUCAGCCUAAUGGACAAGCUGCUGAACCAACCAGUGGCCCUGCCCUCCUGCACUGAACCCACCUUCCAGGGACUGACCCACUGA